GCCUUCGCCCUCGCCCUGCCGUCUCCGGCUGCUUAGUGCGUCCUGGCCCCAAGGGGGUCAGGUAGGACUGAGGCCGCGGAGGUGGGUCGGGUGUGGGGGCUGGGAGCGGAUCCGGAUGGUCUCCACCACCCACGCUGGCAGUCUGGGGGGGAGGGAGAGACCCCCCAGCGUUUCAGAGCCUCUCGGUUCGGUCCGUCGUAGUGCGGAUCGCGCACCGCAUGUGCACCCACAGUACUUUGCCACUUCGUACACCCAGAUAGUCUCCUGUCAGUCCGUUCCGUGGGAUGGCAGCCGAGAGAGCUCGCUGGCCCGUGUGCUUUGUGACGCUGUUUCUCUGCAGCGUUCCCACCGCCACUUCUUUCAAGCGAGACCGAAUGGCAACAAUCACCUCUCCGCACGGAGGCUCAGCGAUCUGCGUGCGCUGCCUACGCCAGAGAGUACGAGGUCCGGUACAACGGGGCGCAGCGCAGUACGAAAAUGAUCAUUUACUGCGACUGCACCGCGACCCAGCCCAGAAUUUUGACGGACACACUUCGUUUUACCCUUUUCUCGUUCUGGUGCUCUGCCUUCAGUGUUUCUCAGUUCUAUAUCUCGAACACGCACGGGCUCGGCAAGUACGGGUGUUUGUACCAGAGCGGCACCACGAUGAGAGGCGACGGCAAGGGCGACGGCCUCGUCUUCUUCCUGACCGCCCCCGGCGACCUCAGCGCGGAGACGUUCAAGCCCACCACCACGCACGUCGCCCGCCGCGACGCUAUCGCGCGCAUCGCCAGCGCCGCGCUGUGGCGCGGCCGCGGCGCGGCGUGGGAGGAGUGCCGCGAGGUGAUCUUCAUGUUCGAAGACGGGUGCCUGUUGCGGAUCUCGCCCCGUUUCGUGGCCAGCUGCCCCGUGCCGUCCGAGUACCACCUCAUCAUGGUGAUCGGGCGUGCACUCGAAAAGGACGGGGCCCCCGGCCUCCGCAUCGUGCGGCCCGAGGCCGGUCGGCCCAUGGGCGGCCACGCGCAGAGGGUGGUCUCGGAGUACUCGCGGGCGGGCCCCGCGGCUGUGCACGUGGAUACAUUCUUGAAGUCAUAUGAGCUGUUCGACAAGGAGAACUACACGGGGAACGAGGACGGGGAGAACAUUAAGGGCUACUACCAGGUAAUAAACCAUCUAUGUGCUGUUGGUGAGGUGGAGAAGAUGUACAUUCCACCCGUCAUGGACCUGAGCCUCGGAGUAUUUGGCAAUCAGUUGCUCUGGGAGGAGAAAGGCAUGGCUGACAAGCUCGACGUCGGUGCAGGAAAGCGAGUCCUUGAUGUAGGCUGCGGCCGAGGACGCAUUGCGCAUCACGUCGCAAGCUACACGGGGGCCACGGUAGUGGGUCUUAACAUCGACAAGACGCAGAUACGGAUGGCAGAGGAGCAUGCCAAGGCCGACGGCAUGCUCGGAUCCCAACUCGAGUUUGUGGAGGGAAACUACAAUGACCCUCUGCCCUUCACGAACGAGUCGUUCGACGCGCUCUACCACGUGCAGGCGCUCACGUACGUCCAGGAUCUGGACAGGCUGCUCGUCGAGAUGUUCCGAAUACUGAAGCCGGGCGCCAAGCUGUCCUUCCUCGACUGGUUCAAGCUGGAAAACUACCAGCCGGACGACCCGCACCACCGCCACCUGCUCAAGGAGACCAAGGCGGUCAUCGGCGCGGUGCGCACUCCCUCCCCGGAGGAGUACACCGCGGCCCUGGAGCGGGCCGGCUUCCGGGUGCUCUCCAGCGCGGAGGCGAGCACGGACGGCGGCCACCAGUGGCCCCUGGUGAAGCAGAUGGAGCGGUACUUCGUGGCCGCGGAGGCCGUGGUCUCCUUCCUGACCGAUUGGAAGGUCAUCCCCGGCCACCUGAAGAUUCUGCUGGGGCGGCUCAACGAGGGUGGCGCGUCGUUCGUGGAGUCGGACAAGCUCAGACUCUUCACCACCAGCUGGCAGAUCGUGGCUCAGAAGCCGCAGCUCCAACAGUGGCUGGAUGACCUGCUGGGGCUCUACAAGUCCAUGACGGCAUGCAACGAUGCGACCAAGCCCGCCCUCCUGCGCGGGGCCGCGGAAUUCUUCGAUCGCUUGGCCAAGCCCAUCGAAGCCAUGAACCUCGCCUUAGCCCCUGACCUCGCCAUUUUGAAGGCGCACGCGAAACCGGGCACCGGGGCCCCCGCGAGCGCGGCGUGCCAGCAUGCCGGCGUGGUGCCGCGGGGCCGCUGGCGCGUGGAGAGCCCCUUCGUGGGCGGCGGCGCGGCAGAGCUGUUGGCCUCGCCUGAUUAUGUCGGGUAUGGCCAGGACCCCAGGCCGGUCGGGCAGUCGACGCGGGCUGUCCUCCUGGCGGUAGGCCAGGGGCAGCCAGCACGGGAGGUGUGGCAGGACGCCGAGCUGUGCCACCUUGGGCCCGGGCGAAAGCCCGCACGAGCGUGCCGUUCCACUCCGUUCCUCGGCCGCCGCCUGCUCCUCGUCCGACGCGUUGGGCUCGCGCCUCGGGCCGCGGGUGCGGCUCUCGGCCUCGCGCGCCGCGACGAGCAGCGCCUGGGCGGCAGGCGCGAAGUCGGCAUGCCGGCGGGGCCCACGCUGCCAGCGCCUCGCUGCGCCCGCCCGCCGCCCAUCGCCACCGCGCGGCGCGAGCCCUCGGCGGAGCCCGCAGGGUCGAUGCACGCCGACGGCCUGGACGAGGAGCAGAGCGUGGAGGCCGUGCUCAAGGCGGCCCUGCAGCCGCCCAGCGCGCCCCGCCCGGCCUCCGGGGCGGCGCCCAGCCGCAGCCGCCCGGGCUCCAGGGCCCUGCAGCGCCAGGCCUCCGCGCCGUACCCCCUCACGAGGGCGGAGCCCGAGCCCCUCGGCGCCCGCCGCACGCCGCCGCGGCGGGACGCCGUGCGCGAGGCCUUCGGCGCCUACUGCGGCACCCAGCCGGACAUCGACCGCCGGGGCUUCACGAAGCUCUGCCGGGACUGCCACCUCAUCGACGAGAGCUUCUCCGACGCCGACGCGGAGUCGGUCUUCCGAGACCUCCUGCCGGAGGGCAACCGCCGCAUAGGCCCACAGCUCUUCGAGGAGGGCCUGCAGGCCCUCGCGGAGAGGACACCGCCGCCGGCCGUCCGCGCUGCGGUCGCCUCCCGCGCCAGGCCGGCCCUGCGCCGCACGCGCGCAGACCGCCUUCGGCUCCAGACGAACGAGGACGCGGCCUUCCUGAGGUCCUUCGGGCCGCUGGACACCGGCGUGGCCAUCCAGCGCGCGGUGCAGGCGGAGGCGCUGGCGCUGCGGCUGGGGUGACUGGGCGCUGCCGAGCGCUCGGUCUGCGCUCUGCGGCAACGCUCUCGGGGGGGGAUCUAACAGAAGGAGCAGUAGCCUUGCACGUUCGGUAGCCAGCAGUUUGUGCGAGGUUGGUCUAGUCCAGUCGGGGCCUCGCAGAUGGCAUCCGCUCAGGUGGCGACGGCCCGGGCGCAACAGUUCGGCUUGUAGCCUUUUUUAAAAGACCGGGUCGGCCAAGGCUGCGCGAGGGCGCGCCAGUUUGACAACAUCGAACCAUCGAGAAAGGUUUAUCGCCUCGGCCUCAGACGGCCUCGGCCUCAGACGACCUUGCCUGUUGGCAUGACCAAGGUUGACCGGUCGCUUUAGGCAGGAUGAGCGCAACAUUCUUUGCUUUGUCGCUAAGCGCAGGCUUGGUUGUGAUUUUGCCGGCGCCAGCACCUUUUCAGCGCGAUGCAAUCAUACACAACGGUAAGUGUUGUUUUGUUAGUCUUGCUGCUUUGUAGGGCUCCAGUUCGCAUCUCUGCAUCACUGCCUCGACCCACCCCUCUCAUUCACAUCUUCAUUGUUGUCUGAUUCGCUCG